AUGUGGCACAUACAAACCUUAAGGUCCAUUAUUUCUUCGGGAAUAUUUGGAAAGUUAAUAGGCAAUAUAAUUUAUGCAUGGUCAGUUUACUUAAAGGGAGCUGUCUAUGUAACAUCAUUCAUGCCAAUUCAAAUUGCUAUUUCUGUUAUCUUGGGAGUUAUAUUCCUUGGUGAUACGCUUCAUAUCGGAAGUAUAAUUGGAGCCACAAUAAUCUCAAUUGGCCUUUAUGCUGUUUUAUGGGGCAAAGCAACGGAAGAGAUAGAGGAAGAUGUUGGUUUCCUAGGCUCACCAUCUACAGAGAAUGCACCUCUGUUGCAAAGUUAUACAACUCAAACUUUUGAAAAGUACAUCUAUUUAAGCUCUAGAUCGCAACUCUCGUUCUGCCUCACUCUAGAUCUUCAAUUCAGUUCCACAAUUAGAUGCCUCUCCAUUGAUCUUGUGUUAGGCCAUGUACCUUGCACACUCCAUAUCUUCAAUGUACUGAGUAAGCAUCUUACCUUGCCUUUCCAUAUUUUGAAUUAA